GUAACAUCUGGACGUUGGUGUUCGAGUGAGGGAAGAGAAGGGAUGGGGUUAGCAGAGGUGCUGCUCUUACUAUUUCUGACAUUGGGGCCAAUGGGUUCAACAGGAGCAGAAAAUACAUCCACAGACACAACUUUUCCCCUCCCUUCCAACUGCCCAAAAAGCUGUGGUAACAUCAGCUUCGAGUACCCUUUCGGUCUAGGCAGCGGCUGCUUUCGUGCAGGUUUUAACCUUACCUGCAUGAGCCAUUCCACUGAUCCUCCUACUCGUAGCCUCUUCUUGGGCGAUGGCACCGUUGAGGUCAUUGAUUUUGAUAUGGACAAUGGAAUCGUGUACGUGAAAACUCCAAUUGUCACCAUGGAUGUCGACGAGGACUAUGUCAAUUACACAUUGAUUGAUCUGAGGAAUUUGCCCUUCUCUUUUAACUUGUUGGCAAACCUUACAUCCAGUUACGAGCUAUUCAUCUUGAAUUGGAUAAUCACAGACCAGUCCUGCAAGGAUGCUAAGCUAAACACGACCACAUUCGCAUGUGUCGACCAACACAGCUCAUGUAAUGACGAGAAAAUUAGUAGCAAUGGCCAGGAAAUUUCAGGAUAUCGUUGCCAAUGUAACGUUGGUUACGAAGGAAAUCCAUAUCUCCUAAAUGGAUGUACAGAUAUUGAUGAGUGUCGCAAUCCCCAAAAAUAUGUUUGCUAUGGAACUUGUACUAACACGAUGGGCAACUAUACUUGCACAUGCCCACCUGGGUCGUCCGGUGAUCCUAGACAAAGAGCCUGCAUCCCUGACAAAAAGCCGACUCUUGUGUUAGGUGUCAUCAUCGGCGCAAGUAAUGGCGCGGGCUUAUUGCUCUUGAGUACGAGUUUGAUUAUCCUAAGGACGAAAUGGAAGAAAAGAAAACAAAAGAGAAUAAGAGAAAAACACUUCCGUCAGAAUCAUGGUUUACUGCUACAACAACUCAUCUCUUCCCGUGAAGAUGUUGCUGAGAGAACAAAGAUAUUUCCUCUUGAAGAGAUAGAAAAGGCAACCAAUAAUUUUGAUGAAACUCGAGUGCUCGGUCGUGGAGGACACGGAACAGUUUACAAAGGGAUUCUGUCGGAUCAACGCGUAGUCGCCAUAAAGAAGUCAAAGAUUGUGAAGAAGAGCGAGAUAGAUCAAUUCAUCAAUGAGGUUGCAAUUCUUUCUCAAAUUAAUCAUAGAAACGUGGUAAAGCUUUUUGGUUGCUGCUUGGAGACUGAAGUGCCCUUAUUGAUCUAUGAAUUUAUCUCAAAUGGUGCUCUUUCGGACCAUCUCCAUACUUUAGAUGGUAGUUGUGUAUUGUCAUGGGAAACUCGUUUGAGGAUCGCGGCAGAGACUGCAGGAGCACUUGCUUAUUUGCAUUCGGCUGCUUCGAUAUCUAUUUUACACAGAGAUGUUAAAUCAUCGAAUAUUCUCUUGGAUGAUCACUUCACAGCAAAAGUAUCAGAUUUUGGGGCUUCAAGAUUUAUUCCACUUGAUCAAACUCAUAUAGUUACUGCUGUUCAAGGUACCUUUGGAUACUUGGAUCCAGAGUAUUAUCAAACAAGUCAACUAACAGAGAAGAGCGAUGUUUAUAGCUUUGGGGUCAUUCUUCUGGAGCUUUUAACAGGAAAGAAACCUAUUUUCUCCAUCGAGCAUGAGAACAAACAAAACCUGUCAACGUAUUUUCUUCAAGCAUUGAAAGAGAAACGCUAUUUUGAUCUCGUGGAGGAUCGUGUUAUGAAAGAAGAGACUAAACAAGUGCUUAUGGAAGUUAUUCAACUAGUAGCAACGUGCUUGAAGUUUAAAGGAAGCGAAAGGCCUACGAUGAAAGAAGUGGAAUAUAAACUACAAAGCCUAAGAAGGAUUAAGAAGAAUGCAGACAAUCAUAUUGCAGAAGGUAAUGAAGAAACUAAAUGUCUGCUAAGUGAUUCAUCAUAUACUUUGUCUAUUUCAGUUGACCUAGCAACCGAAGGGACAUCUAGGAAUUAUAGCUUAGAAAAAGAAAUCUUGUGGUCAGAUUAUAACCCACGGUGA